GUACGUCUCGUCCUAGUGAGGACGUGGCAGCCGCGGAGGCCGAGGCCUCCGUGCGCGGGGGAGGCACUUCCGGCGGCGACACGACGGCCGGCUCGGAACCGGAAGUGGGGCCUGAGAAUCGCGACACCGGGAGCGCAGCCGGGUUAGGCGCUGGAGCCGUAGCCGGGUGAGGCCAGGUUGGGGAUGCACUCAAGAUGAAUGUCAAUCAGCCAGCUCCCCCUGGGGUGCCCUAUGGACAACCUCAGCCUGGCUACACGGGAUAUCAGUCCAGCUAUGGUGGGCAACCAGGACCCAUUAUCCCUCCUAGUCCUUAUGGAGCUUACAACGGUCCAGUGCCAGGCUAUCAGCAACUGCCUCCGACAGGUGUGCCAAGAGCACCACCUUCCUCGGGAACACCCCCAGCCUCUACUACAGCCAGAGCUCCUAGUGGCCAGUCUGCAUACGGCCAGUUUGGCCAAGGAGAUGUGCAGAAUGGGCCCAGCUCCACUGUUCAGAUGCAGAGGCCUCCUGUGUCUCAGCCAUUUGUGCCGGCCCCAGUGGCCCCUCUGGUGAACCAGCCUGCUACAUUUCAGCCCUAUGGCUCUCUCCCAACAAGCUCACAGGUGACCACUCAGAUGGCAGGAAUGCAGAUUAGUGCCCCGGCUGCUGCUCCUCCUCCUUCAGGGUUAGGCUAUGGCCCACCACCUACAUCAAUGGCUUCAGCCUCAGGAAAUUUUCCAGGCUCCAGUCUCUAUGGUUCUUACCCUCAGAACCUGGCUCCACCCACUAGCCUAGCCCAGGCUCAUUCUGGUGCCCAAACUCCACAGCGCUCUGUCCCUCUUCAGGCUUCUAGCUUCCCACCCUCAGCAGCAGGGGCUCCUAGGCCUCCUUCAAUUGCUGGACCACCUAUGCCUGUACAGAGCUUUGGAGGGCCCCAAGUGAGCCAGACUAACCAUGCAUCUUCACCUUCCCCACAAGCUCAACCCCCAUUGCCUGGUCCCCCAGGACCACCACCACCUCCUAUGCACUCCUCCCAACCAGGCUAUCAGCUACAACAGAACGGCUCCUUUGGACCAGCUAGAGGCCCUCAACCCAAUUAUGGGGGAUCUUACUCUGCAGCACCCAACUUUGCCGGUCAGCCUGGGCCUCCUCAGCCACCUCCUCCUAAGCGCUUGGAUCCUGACUCUAUUCCCAGUCCUCAACUCAAUGAGCUGCCUCCUCAGCAGAAAACCAGGCACAGAAUAGACCCUGAUGCCAUUCCUAGCCCAAUCCAGGUCAUUGAAGAUGACAGGAAUAACCGGGGUUCAGAGCCAUUUGUCACUGGAGCACGAGGCCAAGUCCCACCCCUGGUGACCACCAACUUUGUAGUGAAAGACCAAGGGAAUGCAAGUCCCCGAUAUAUCCGGUGUACAUCAUAUAAUAUCCCUUGCACAUCUGACAUGGCCAAGCAGGCUCAGGUGCCCCUGGCAGCUGUCAUCAAGCCACUGGCCAGGCUGCCCCCUGAGGAGGCUCCUCCAUAUGUGGUGGAUCAUGGGGAAUCAGGCCCUGUGCGCUGCAAUCGUUGCAAAGCCUACAUGUGCCCCUUUAUGCAGUUUAUUGAAGGUGGGAGGCGCUUCCAGUGCUGCUUUUGCAGCUGUGUUACUGAAGUUCCUCCCCAGUAUUUCCAACACCUGGAUCACACUGGUAAACGGGUAGACUUUUAUGACCGGCCUGAGCUUUCCCUGGGCUCUUAUGAAUUCCUGGCUACCGUGGAUUACUGCAAGAACAACAAGUUCCCUCGCCCCCCUGCCUUCAUCUUCAUGAUUGAUGUCUCCUACAAUGCUGUGAGAAGUGGCCUUGUCAAGCUCCUCUGUGAGGAGCUCAAAUCGCUUUUGGACUUCCUGCCUAGGGAGGGCGGGGCCGAGGAGUCAGCUGUCCGAGUCGGCUUUGUCACUUACAACAAAGUGCUGCACUUCUACAAUGUGAAGAGCUCUUUGGCCCAGCCCCAGAUGAUGGUGGUGUCCGAUGUGGCUGACAUGUUUGUGCCGCUGCUGGAUGGCUUCCUGGUCAACGUCAGUGAGUCCCGGACGGUCAUCACCAGUUUGCUGGACCAGAUUCCAGAAAUGUUUGCAGAUACGAGGGAGACAGAGACAGUCUUUGCUCCUGUGAUUCAGGCUGGAAUGGAGGCCCUGAAGGCUGCUGAGUGUCCAGGGAAGCUGUUUUUGUUCCAUACAUCUCUACCCAUUGCAGAAGCCCCCGGGAAGCUGAAGAACCGAGAUGACAGGAAGCUUCUUAACACUGACAAGGAGAAGACUCUUUUCCAGCCACAAACAGGCUUCUAUCAGUCCCUGGCUAAGGAGUGUGUGGCCCAGGGCUGCUGUGUGGACCUGUUUCUCUUUCCUAACCAGUAUGUAGAUGUAGCCACCCUUGGGGUAGUACCCCACCAUACUGGUGGCUCCAUCUACAAGUACGCUUGCUUCCAGGUGGAAAGUGACCAGGAGCGCUUCCUCAGUGACCUACGUCGGGAUGUACAGAAGGACGUCGGCUUUGAUGCUGUGAUGCGGGUCCGGACAAGCACUGGUAUCCGGGCUACAGAUUUCUUUGGGGCCUUCUACAUGAGCAACACGACAGAUGUGGAGUUGGCAGGUCUGGAUGGAGACAAGACGGUGACUGUAGAAUUCAAGCAUGAUGAUCGCCUCAGUGAAGAUAGUGGAGCCCUCAUCCAGUGUGCCCUGCUCUACACCAGCUGUGCUGGGCAGCGGAGGCUCCGCAUUCACAACCUGUCACUGAACUGCUGCACCCAGCUGGCUGACUUGUAUCGGAAUUGUGAGACUGACACACUCAUCAACUACCUGGCCAAGUUUGCAUACCGGGGGGUACUAAGUAGUCCUGUGAAAACAGUACGUGAUGCUCUCAUCAGCCAAUGUGCUCAGAUCUUGGCCUGUUACCGAAAGAACUGCGCCAGCCCGUCUUCUGCCGGACAGCUCAUCCUUCCAGAGUGCAUGAAGCUUCUCCCUGUUUACCUGAAUUGCGUGCUGAAGAGUGAUGUCCUGCAGCCGGGGGCCGAGGUCACCACUGAUGACCGGGCCUAUGUCCGGCAAUUGGUCACUUCCAUGGAUGUGGCUGAAACCAAUGUCUUCUUCUAUCCUCGACUCCUGCCGCUGACAAAGGUUCCAGGGGAAAGUAGUGCAGAACCACCAGCUGUCCGAGCCUCCGAGGAACGCCUCAGCAAGGGAGAUGUGUACUUACUGGAGAAUGGGCUUAACCUUUUCCUCUGGGUUGGGGCCAGUGUGCAGCAAAGUGUUGUCCAGAGCCUCUUCAGCGUCCCUUCCUUUACACAGAUUAACAGUGGCUUGAGUGCCCUGCCAGUCCUGGAGAACCCACUGUCUAAAAGGGUGCGUGACCUCAUCGAUAGCUUCCGUGCACAGAGAUCCCGAUACAUGAAGCUCAUCGUGGUGAAGCAAGAGGACAAAUUGGAGAUGUUGUUCAAGCACUUCCUGGUGGAGGACAAGAGCCUGAAUGGGGGUGCAUCUUAUGUAGACUUUCUGUGUCACAUGCACAAGGAGAUCCGGCAGCUACUGAGCUAGAGGAAGUGGGUACAGGGCAGAGGGCUCCACGCCAGCUCCCCACAAGUCCUCCAGGACAGCAGGGAAAUCUGGACAGUUGCAUAUAUUAUAAGUCACGUAAGCAGAGAUCCCCUCAGUCUCAGGAGGGUGGGGGAGGGGAUGGGGAGGGUAGUCCCUCUCUGGGUCCAAGUGUCUCACCACUCAACUAUGUCCUGCUGCUGGCAGGUACUCCUAUCCCCCUCUUUCCUGCUAACCCUGUCAUAAUGAAUGUAGUUUCUCAGUUCACUGUGUGUGACUCAGUGUUGGGGGUGCAGAGGCACCCAAACUCUGGGAAUGCUCUGUGUCCAUUUGGGCCAGCCUCUAAUCAAAAGAGGGGGCCAAAGGAGUGAAUGGUGGGCCUCUUGGGGGUUGGUCUGGGGUCCCACGGGACAGAAGAGAGGGCUGGGGGCUUCAUUCUUUUAGCUGGUGCAGCCCUCUCAGUGACUUCCUAUAUUAGGGAUGAAAUGUAGGGGGCACAGGAGCUGGGGGUGGGGGGCUCCAGUGCUUCUGGGGUGGCCCAAGGGCCUGAGGGGAGCAGCUGACCCUGAGGGGCAGGAGGCGGGGCUGGGGGGAGGAGUUGGCCCCAUGCUGGUGUUCCCUCUGGGUGGAGACCCCGGGGCCCUUCUUGGAGUUGGACGAGAUGGUGAACGGAGGGGGCUGAGGAUCUGUCAUCGAGCCCCUUUGCCGUGGGGAUGUCUCACACUGGAUGGUUCUGUAGGGAGCCUGGUCAUCAACUUGCAAUACCUCACAGAGCCAACCCUCCUGGCCCUGACCCGCAGCCUUGCCCGGCCCCAGCCUCCCCGUACACCUCCCCCUCUCCCUCCCCAACCUCCGGGGCUGGAGUUGGAGAGGCCCGAUGGACAGUGGAGCAGGACCUUUGGCCUGCUCCACACCGCGGUUGCUGGCACUGACCCGUAAGGACAGCAGAACCUUUUUAAGAGGCCCGGUCCGAGAGCAGGCAUUGAGCUGGAGGUGGGUGGGCCUGGCUCCCCUUUGGACUCUGCCCCCCAUCCCGGGACGCCCGGGCCUCUCACUUCUCCUCAUUGGUUUAUUUUUUCAAUGCAUCUUUAAUUUGUAAAGAAAUAAAAUAAAUUAAGACGUA